UCCAGAUGAGCAGUCAUGGCUCUCCUCUCAGCUCUCACCCCUGUGCUGGUCGCAGUCCUUUGUCUGGUGAUAGGCCUCAUGUUUGUGAAAUCAAAAAGCUCAGAAGUGAAAGCCCAAGAAAAGCCCAAAGACUUUCGACCAUGGGUGGAUCAGGACUUACAAGAUAAUACGGAUGUUAUUGAAAGAGACGAUGAUGAUGUGGAGGACUACAAUGAGGAAAAAGAUCUAGCACAUGUGCCAUACUCACCCCCGCGGUACCCUGUUGAGGCCAUGGUGAAGAGGUCCCAGGACUUUUACUCUCUCAUGAACCAGCGAAGGACUGUGCGCUUCAUCAGCCCUGAGCCUGUGCCAAGAGAAGUCAUUGAUAAUGUCAUCCACACAGCAGGCACAGCCCCAAGUGGAGCCCACACAGAGCCUUGGACAUUUGUGGUGGUGUCCGACCCAGAGACCAAGCACCAGAUCAGGCUCAUCGUGGAGGAAGAGGAGGAGGUCAACUACAGGCAGAGGAUGGGCGACAAGUGGGUGAACGAUUUGGCCCGUUUAAAGACAAACUGGAUUAAGGAGUAUUUGGAUGUGGCUCCAUAUCUGGUUCUCAUCUUCAAACAAACUUAUGGAAUUCUGCCAAAUGAAAAGAAAAAAACACACUACUAUAAUGAAAUCAGUGUUUGCAUAUCUUGUGGGAUACUACUGGCUGCUCUACAGAAUGUGGGACUAGUGACAGUUACAUCAACCCCUCUGAACUGUGGUCCCCAGCUCCGGCUGCUCCUCAAACGGCCGGCCAAUGAGAAACUGUUGAUGCUUCUUCCAGUGGGAUACCCCGCGUCAGAUGCCACUGUGCCUGAUCUGAAACGCAAACAUUUAGAUGAUAUAAGAGUGCAUAUUUAGAUUUAUCUUGCGUUUACCUUUAUGCAGUAAUGUAUGACACAUUUACUUUCUUUUCUUCUGCAUGUCCAGACCAUACUGUAUGGAGAUGCUUAACUGUAUAUCUCAUUUGUAACAAUGACUUAAUAGGUUCUCACAUGACUGGGCUGGUCAUAAUUCUGUGAUGCAGAUUUGUUUACCUGAUUUAUAAUGUUGAUAAGUUGUCUUAUAUAGCACUUUUCCAAACACUCAAAGUUGCUUUACAAUUGUGGGCAGUAUUCAUUCACUCCAUACUCGGUGGUAGUAAGCUACAGCUGUAGCCACGACUGCCCUGAGGUAGAGUGACAAUCUCUGCCACUGGCCCCACCGACCAACAACACUCACACAAAUACUAUAUUCAUAGGCAAUGUGAGUGAAGUGUCUUACAUAAGGACACAACAACAGUUUUGCUACUGGUGCCCCAUUGUGGCUCUUGAUAUUGCCAGCAAUCUCCCAUCCAAGUACUAACCAGUACUAAUCUGCCUUGUUUAGAUUUAUAGAUAAAUCUAUAUUUCUGGUCCUUUCCUC